AUGCAGACCACCGGGGCACUUCUCAUUCCUCCGGCUCUGAUCCGCUGCUGUACCAGGGGUCUAGUCAGGCCUGUGUCUGCCUCCUUCCUGAGCAGGCCAGAGAUCCCAUCUCAACAGCCUUCCUACAGUAGCUCCCCACUCCAGGUGGCCCGACGGGAGUUCCAAACCAGUGUUGUGUCCCGGGACAUUGACACAGCGGCCAAGUUUAUUGGUGCUGGGGCUGCCACAGUGGGUGUGGCUGGCUCAGGGGCCGGAAUUGGAACAGUGUUUGGCAGUUUGAUCAUUGGCUAUGCCAGGAACCCGUCUCUCAAGCAGCAGCUCUUCUCCUAUGCCAUCCUGGGCUUCGCCCUGUCCGAGGCCAUGGGGCUCUUCUGUUUGAUGGUCGCCUUCCUCAUCCUCUUCGCCAUGUGA